AUGUCAGCAUUGAAAGAGUUCCUUACAAAGAAGGUAAGAAUCAUUACUACCGAUGCCAGGCUAUUUGAAGGGAUUUUGGAUGGGUUUGACAAUUCGACCAACGUGAUAAUCACCCAGUGUAUAGAGAGGUUGAUCUACCCGGACGAUGAAAAUCAAGAAAUCAAGAUUGGUUUGUAUUUGAUGCGUGGUACCAACAUUGUUUGCAUUGGAGAGAUUGACGAAGAGAUAGAUUCUAAUAUAGAUUGGCUCAAGGAGCAUGGACAAAUACUCAAAGGCACUAAAAACCCAUUAUAG